AUGGGGAGGCCAAGUACGAGCAGUUGGAACCGACGCCAUCUGACGAGAGAGACCCUUUCGAUUUGUGUCGCUUGAUCUCUGCCGCGUACUGCAGGCCUUCGGUUUCGAAAGAUGAAGUGCAUGCGCAUACCACAGGAAGACGGGGCAGCGCUGUGUACGGCAUUAAGUCGACUCUGUCGUAUGUCGGCCUACCGGAGUACGUUUUCUGCGUAGGAAAUAGCAAGCUUGUUAUGAAGGAGCACGGGCGAAAGACGGGACGCCUGUGGCAGGCCAGCGAGCCCUUCGUGGUCGAAGGUACAAAUCACUGCGGGCACGGCUGUGUGGUGCGUGUGUCGAAUAAGAGCCUGUCGUUGCCUUCAGGCCAAGCGGCAUUCGUCGAUCGCAAAGGCGCAGGUCAAGACACCGAGACGACAGCAAGCGAAGAGGUCAGGACAAGAUAGGGAUGCGUUCUGUGGUUCAUGUCUCUGGUCUCCUUGUUUCAGAAGACCAUCUUUGAGGCCUGUGCUGAGAGCGAUCUAAAGGCACUGAUCAGAUUCAUCGACGAAGGGGGGGUCCAAGUGUCUCGAACUGGCCGAUGA